CUGUUGUUCUCCUGUUUAGCAAUACUGUGAGUCAUGUAUUGAAACGGGCACUUGAAAUCAUUUCAUUUUCGAUUGCCAACAUCACUAAUAGUUAAUAUACUUGCUACUAGCAUGUAUGUUAGACACUUUUUAGGUGCAAAGCUUGCCUCCCUGUUUAUUCUUAGUUUAUUCAUUUUUUCUUGUUGAUGCUCCUCUUCUUCAGCGACGAGCAUGAAAAGAAGAGAAGAUACAGCUCAGAACAGCUUGAACACUGGAAAUGGGCACUCCACAAAGCCUCCUUUUUCACCGGCCACAUUAUUAACAAUCAGGAGGACGAGCAGAGGGUGGUGAAGAAUGUGGUGAAUUGUGUGUUGAAAGAAACGAACAAGGUGUUGUUAGAGGUUGCCAAGCAUCCAGUGGGUGUAGAUGAAGCUGUGCUGAACUUUGACAAAAUUGCAGUUCAAUCUGAUGGCUCGAUAAAAAUUGUAGGAAUAUGGGGUCUGGGUGGCUCUGGCAAAACCACCCUGGCAAAGAGAAUCUUUAACAACAAAUGCUCGGGCAUGGAUAGGGCAAGUUUUCUUUUCGAUCUUCGAGAUGCUGCAGGGAAAUGUCUGCUGGUUGAGAGGCAGAAAAAGCUUAUGAAGGACCUUAGUGUUAGCGAGUCAUUUGACCAUGUAGAUGAAGGUAAAGGGAUCCUUCAAAGCCGUUUGAGAUCUGUAUCUGUCCUUAUCAUUUUAGAUGAUGUGGAUCAUACAGAUCAACUUGAUGCUCUGUUGCCAGCACGGGAGAGUCUUGGACAAGGAAGUUUGAUUGUUGUUACCACACGCGAGUUAGAUGUUCUUAUAGCGUGGGGUAUCUCUGCCAUUUAUGAAAUGAGACCUCUCAAUGCCACUCAUGCCAAGCAGCUCUUUUGUUGGCAUGCAAUCUUACAACCUUCUCCACUGUCAGGAUUCGAGGAUCUUGUUGAGAAGUUCUUAAAUGUUUCUAAAGGCCUGCCUUUGUCACUCAAGGUCUUAGGGGCACAGCUAUAUGGCAGAUCGCGCAAAGAUUAUUGGCAGUCUCAAUUAGAUAAAAUUUCCAGAAUAUUGCCGGCCGACAUCAACUCGAGGCUCAAAGUGAGCUAUGAUGCCCUUGACGAUGAAGAGAAAGAAAUGUUCUUAGAUAUAGCGUGUUUCUUUAUUGGAGAGAGGAAAAGUGUGGCCAUUGCAGUAUGGGAGGGAUCAGGGUGGAGUGGUCUUCAUGGUUGGGAAAGGCUUUUCAAUAAGUGUCUUGUUGAGGUAGAGGAUGGUGAUAUAGGAAGAAUGAUUUGGGUGAAUGGUGGUGAGAGAAUAAGAAUGCAUGAUCACUUGAGGGAUUUGGGCAGGGAAGUUGCAAAUGGACGGUCACCGUACCGACUUUGGUCUCCACAGCAGUCUAUCAAGAUUCACUCUCAACAGGAAGCAAUACAAAUCCGAGGAUUGGUAAACGCAAUUGGUGAAAAUUGUUACCUUCAGCAAGGGAAUAUCCUAAUACACACAAGCCUGGGAGAGCGUUGUCUCACGCUCUGCUCCCUUGGAUUGAAAAUUUUUGUUGGUAAUGGAGAUUUUAUUAAUCAGGAUCAAGUCGAAAUAUCAAGAGAACUAGUCUGGCUUCAGUGCGAAGAAUUUGAGCACAAAAAUCUUCCAUCGUGGCUUUCAUUGAAAAAAUUAAGAGUUUUGGAACUUUUCAAUGCUCGGAGCUUAGAAGGUUUGUGGGAACGAGAGGCGGAUGCUCCUUUGCAGCUAAGAGAGUUGGUCAUGUCGAGGUGCGACAGUUUGCGGGAAUUUCCGAGGUCAAUAGGACAUCUCAAGAAUUUGAAAAAGAUAAUAAUAGAUGGUAAUAAUACAUUGAUCGACCUUCCACAAGACUUUUGUUAUCUCCAAUCGCUGGAGCACCUGGAGAUAACAGCGUGUCAUGAGUUGUCAUAUCUGCCUAAUAAUUUCGGCGAGUUGGCAAAUCUGCAACAUCUUAAUUUGUAUCGUUGCACCAUGUUAAAGAUGUUACCGGAUUCUUUUAAGAAGCUGACAAAUCUGCAACACCCGAAUUUGGAUUUUUGCAUCGGGUUGAAGGUGUUAUUAGAUUCUUUUAAGAAUCUGACACUCCUGGAACAUCUUAAUUUAGAGAAAUGCGGUGAGGUCAUCAUCAACUCGGAGUCACAUGUUUUGGAGAACAUGACAAAGCUCAGGUAUUUGAAUCUCAAUCAGUGCAAGAAAUUGGAAGAGUUGCGCCUCCCAGGAGUUUCUCCCUUGACAAAGCUCUAUUUAAGAGGAACCAGCUUCAAGGAACUGCCACCUAACAUCUUUCAGCUAACCAACUUAACCGACUUGGAGAUAGGGAAUCAGUUCUUGCAAGUAUUGCCAAGCUCUGUUGCAAAUUUGCCCUCUUUGACUAGACUUGCCAUCAUUUGGUGUAAGAGGCUGGAAGCUUUGUCGGAUUCUCUCGAGCAUCUUAAUUGUUUAAAGAUUUGGUUAUAGAGGCGUCAGGAGUGAAGUGUUUACCAACCCUGCCAGCAACAUUGAAUAACAUAGUUGUUAGAGACUGUAGUGUCUUGAAGGACAUUACAGGUUUACAAGCUCUGAGAUCGCUGGAGACAGUGACCAUCACUGACUGUCGAGAAUUAAACAGGCUUCCUGCAAGUUUUGAGGGCUUAACUUCACUGAAGAAGCUGGAGAUAAGUAGAUGUUCAGAGCUGGAGGUGCUUCCAAGUCUUUCUGGAAUCACUUCUCUAAAAGAAAUUGAUUUGAAAUAUGACCACAAAUUGAAGAGGGUAGAAGGUUUAGAAAGUUUGAUAUCACUGGAGAAGUUGGAAGUACAUACCCAGCAGAAUGUGGUGUCUGUAGUGAAGCUGGAGCAGUGCGAGAGAUUGGAGAGGGUAGUAGUCGUUACAAGCGACAGAUCAGAUGUGAAACCAUAUAUCAGUAAGAUACAGGUAUAGUAUAU